AUGGUCGACCUUGAUAGAAUUGUAGAUGAUACGAUUCAAUUACUAGGUAAGAAUAUGGCUAAGAAUUAUCGAGUUAUAGUUCUCUUGGUUGGACCUCCGGGGUCGGGAAAGUCGACAGUUGCUCAAAGUUUAUGUGAUGCAAUUAAUGCAAAGUAUACAUCCUACUUAAGCAAUUUCACUGGAAAGCAUGGAGAAUCACCAAUUAAAUACCAGCAGGUACAUGAAGAUGAAGUCAAUAUUCUAAAAAAUGUUAAUGAGAUCAGUGUACCGUUACAAAAGUAUUUGGUCGAGAACGAUGGUAUUAUGCCCCAAUGCGUUGAAGAUGUUAAAUUUGAGCCUGUGAAAAUUCAAGCCAAUGACGGAAGUACAGUAGUCAUUGGUAGAGGUGGCCUACCAAAUUCAGUAAAGAUAGCUGCUAAUGAGUCAGAAUUGUUUAGUAAUAUAGAACUAUCACAAGUGGUACCUAUGGAUGGUUUCCAUCUCUCCAGAAAUUGUUUGGAUAAUUUUACUGAUCCAGUGGAAGCACAUAAAAGAAGAGGGUCGCCAAUGACUUUUGAUAGUAAUAACUUCUUACAACUGUGUAAGGCUCUUUGUGAAACUGCAAAAAUUACGGCAAGAAACAAUGUUGGGACAAUAGAACAAAAUAAUUCUAUUGAGACCGUUUUUGACGCUGUGUCUUCUACAUUUAUCUCGAAUAUUCCUUGUAUAUGUAUUCCUGGAUUUAAUCACGCCUUAAAGGAUCCAUCCACUGCGGCUCUCACAAUCCCUAGCCAGUCGAGGAUUCUGAUCUUGGAAGGUUUGUAUUUACUGUAUGACAAGGAAAAUUGGGCCAACAUACAUAAAAUAGUUGAAGGUACAGCGUCUUAUUUGAUAUAUAACAUAGAUAUUUCAGAAUCUGUUCUCCAAGAUAGAGUCGCAAAAAGACACUUGAAAUCUGGACUCGUUAGCUCUUACGAAGAAGGUGUCAAGAAGUUUCAAGGAAACGAUUUGUUAAACGCAAGAGAUAUAAAAAGCAAUACUAUUAAAGCACAUAGUGUAAUCACCAUCACUAAUGACUGA